AUGGAACAGAAAUGUAAAGAAUUGUCGAACAAAAAUUACAAAUGGAUGGCAGAUAACUAUGAAAAGAUUAAGAAGAAACCACUGAAUAGAAUUAAAAUUCCUGGAACUCACGAUUCAUUUACAAAUUCCAUUAAUUUUAGAAAUAAUGAUUCUGCACUAAUGUUUGCAAAUGAUUCACCAUCUGAAAUGUGGAAAGUCUUUUCAGUGCCGUUUAUUCCAAAAACUUUCAUGUUAAUGAUGUUGGUUCCUUGGGCAAAUACUCAAAGUUGUACUGCCACGGAACAACUCAAUCACGGAAUAAGAUAUUUUGAUGUUAGAAUAUGUAAAGAUGAUAGAGAAUCGUUGGAUAAUCAAUUCAAAAUUUGCCAUAAUUUCUAUGCUGGAAAAAUUAUGGACAUUUUGAGUGAAGUGAGAGAUUUUGUAAUCAAUGUAGCUCCAUCUGAGUUUAUCAUUUUGGAUUUCAAUCACUUUUAUGGACUUUCUCAAAAGGAUCACGAUUAUUUAUUGUCGAAGAUAAUUACUCAGGUUGGAGAUGUCAUGAUCAAACCAUCUCAGUUUAAAUUGAAUUCUACAUUGGAAAGUAUGUGGGCUAAUACCACUAGAAGAGUUUUUAUUUUUUACAAUGAUAACUACUUGAAAGCUACGAGUCCUGAUAUUGCCGAAUAUUUCCACACCAAUGACGAUAUUGAAUAUACUUGGGGAGACACUCUCAAUAUCAACUAUCUCAAUGAAUACAAUCUCCGCAAGCUAAAGCAAAGAUCUGAAUCAAAAGAUGAUAUUUCAAAUACUCUCCUCAGUCUCCAACUAGUUCUAACACCCAACAUUGGAACGAUUGUUCAGGGAUUCUUCAAUCGACCUUAUUCCAUUCUCGAUAUUACUCAACCAAUGAUAAGUCCCAUUCAACAAUGGAUUCCUAGUUAUGACCAAUCCCUCCUCAAUAUCAUUACCUGUGAUUACUAUCACUUGUAUAAUUUUACUGAUAUUGUCAUUCAAAGCAAUACUUAA